GGAGCCGGGACGCGCUGCCUGGGCUCCGCACAGCCGGCCGGGGUCACGAGGAGGGUGUGGAUGGCAAGUGACUUCAUCCCUGCCCCGACAGAUGGAGAAACUAAGGCCCAGAGAGGCAGUCAGCCUCUUCCCCUGUCCUGCUCCAGCCUCAGCAGUGGCUCCUUCCCUCCUCGGGCGGUCCCGGAGCUCAGUCCCACCACCUCUGCCGAUGAGGCCAUGAGGCACCGGCUGGACCCGGGCCAGAAUCAUGGACUGAGUCCACUUGGCCCCCACUGCACAGAUGGGGAAACUGAGGCCUGGGAGAGUGGAGUGGCUGGCCUCAGGCUACAUGGAAAGGCCCCGCCUCUUCCAGAACCUCCUGCUCUUCCUGUGGGCCCUGCUGAACUGCGGUUUGGGGGUCAGUGCUCAGGGUCCGGGCGAGUGGACCCCGUGGGUGUCCUGGACCCGCUGCUCCAGCUCCUGCGGGCGUGGCGUCUCCGUGCGCAGCCGGCGCUGCCUCCGGACUGCCCCCCAGGGGCUGUGCCCUUCCGAGACCUACAGUGUGCCCUGUACAAUGGCCGCCCUGUCCUGGGCACCCAGAAGACCUACCAGUGGGUGCCCUUCCACGGGGCGCCCAACCAGUGCGACCUCAACUGCCUGGCUGAGGGGCACGCCUUCUACCACAGCUUCGGCCGCGUCCUGGACGGCACCGCCUGCAGCCCGGGUGCCCAGGGGGUCUGCGUGGCUGGCCGCUGCCUUAGCGCCGGCUGUGAUGGGCUGCUGGGCUCGGGUGCCCUCGAGGACCGCUGCGGCCACUGCGGAGGCGCCAACGACUCGUGCCUUUUCGUGCAGCGCGUGUUUCGUGACGCCGGUGCCUUCGCUGGGUACUGGAACGUGACCCUGAUCCCCGAGGGCGCCAGACACAUCCGCGUGGCGCACCGGAGCCGCAACCACCUGGCGCUGAUGGGGGGCGAUGGGCGCUAUGUGCUUAAUGGGGACUGGGCGGUCAGCCCGCCAGGGACCUACGAGGCGGCCGGCACGCAUGUGGUCUACACCCGCGACACAGGGCCCCAGGAGACAUUGCAAGCAGCCGGGCCCACCUCCCACGACCUGCUCCUACAGGUCCUCAUGCAGGAGCCCAACCCUGGCAUCGAGUUUGAGUUCUGGCUCCCUCGGGAACACUACAGCCCCUUCCAGGCUCGUGGGCAGGCCCUGGGCUGGCCCCUGCGGCAGCCGCAGCCCCGGGGGGUGGAGCCUCAGCCCCCCGCAGCCCCUGCUGUCACCCCUGCACGGACCCCAACCCUGGCCCCAGACCCCUGCCCACCCUGCCCUGACACCCGAGGCCGCGCCCACCGACUGCUCCACUAUUGCGGCAGUGACUUUGUGUUCCAGGCCCGAGUGCUGGGCCGCCACCGCCAGGCCCAGGAGACCCGCUAUGAGGUGCGCAUCCAGCUCGUCUACAAGAGCCGCUCGCCACUGCGGGCACGCGAGUACGUGUGGGCGCCAGGUCACUGCCCCUGCCCGAUGCUGGCACCCCACCGGGACUAUGUGAUGGCUGUCCAGCGUCUUGUCAGCCCCGACGGCACACAGGACCAGCUGCUGCUGCCCCACUCCGGCUACGCCCGGCCCUGGAGCCCUGCAGAGGACAGCCGCAUACGCCUGACUGCCCGGCGCUGUCCUAGCUGAGCCCCUGCAGGAGCCCGGGCCACACACAGCAAGAAACAUACAUCUGACCAGUCUCAAUGUCAAUGUAUUUCCCCUCUCACCCUGGCUUCCAGGCAGCUCUGAAAUAUGUCCCACCUGUGCAGCUAUGUGACUCCCGCCCGCACACGCUUAGACACCUCUGCAUGCAGUCAAAGUCACUGUCACAAGCCGGCAGGCACUGGUGAGGAGGCACUAAGGAGAUUCUGACUUUUAUUUCGCCUCUCUCCUUGGCUGCCAGGAAGCUCAUAGCUAUUUAUACUCAGAAAGUUUAACGCUGCUUUCAUUCUCUUUGCGUCACACUUGCUUGGAGACACUGUCACGAACGAGCAUGACACCCUGCUGCCCUGGGUACCCGGAAGCUCCUCUGUUUACUUCGCAGACACUGUGCUGUCUCUGCUCUCUGCUACUCACACACACCCUCAUGUGGGAAGGGCCGAGACACUGUCACAAACAGGCAUGCCCCUUAGAAGACAUGCCUAACCAGGCACUGUAACGUACCAGCGUACCAAUUUCCCCUUUUCCCCUGGCUACCAGGAAACUCAGAGACAAUCUUUUCAGCCUCAGCAUUUCUGGCUAGAUUUCCGCCCAUCAACACGUGCUCACUCCUCUUUUUUUUUUU